AUGGACAACUCCUCCGGACUUGUUCGAGCUGGACAAUGCAGUACCCCUGUAUCUUUCAUGACCCAGGUAAAUAUGCGGAUAGAAACUUGUUAUUUCUGUUCCUCACCGAUCUAUCCUGGUCACGGUGUUCAGUUUGUUAGAAACGAUGCCACAAUUUUCAAGUUUUGUCGAUCAAAAUGCAACAAGCUGUUCAAGAAGAAGCGUAACCCUAGAAAGCUGCGAUUUACUAAAGCGUCUCGUCGUGCUCGUGGAAAGGAACUUGUGAACGAUGUAACGCAAUUGUUGGAACAAAAAAGAGAUGAACCAGUGAAAUACGAGCGUGAAUUGUUCAAGAACACAGUUGAAGCAGCUAAAACAAUCUCGACCAUCAAACAUAAGAGUAGCAGCUCUAAAGUGACGACGGCGUUUAUCAUCAGGGUACAGCGCAUCAAUGGGUGA